GCUGCAGCUCCGCGGCCCCUGCACAGAGGAACCCUUGGCUGCUGGACCCUUUCUCACUUCUGAAAAUGGCGGGUGAAAUUACAGAGACCGGGGAGCUUUAUUCUCCCUACGCGGAUGAGCCUCGCAGAAGCCUCAGAUGCCGAACUCUCAGAGAUAGUGCUGAGCACAGGGACACGAUUCCGGCUGAACCCUAUCAGUGACCUCAGGAGAGGCAUGCCUGUCACCCCACUUACAGAGAGCUCCGGACUGAAGUGGCUCAAAAUAGAGGAUGAGGUGGAUCAAGACCUACAAUCGGGUUGGCCCCUGGGAAUACCGCGCAUCAGCAGUUCUUGCUGAAUAUCGUUGCUGGUGCUUUCGAAGGACCCACCACCUGUUUCACAGCCUUAAAUCUCAGGUGUUGCUUCCACAGCUCAGCUGCUUUCUUUUCCUUUAGAUGGCUGUCAGAGAGGAAGCCACUGGUAGAUACUGUGACCACUGCCUUGUACGCAUCUGUGGGUGAGACCGCUGAGUUGGAGGUGAGGCAGAGAAUACUGCACUGAACUCCCUGGCGGGUAGGGGAGCAAGGAACAGGGACUGUGCCUUCCCCAGGUGGGCAAUUGGAGAGAACUUGGUUUAGCCCGCAGCAACCACAGCGUGUAUAAAAGCAGCUGCCAUCAAGUUGACUCCAACACAUGGCAACCCCAUGUGUGUCAGAGUACAGUUGUGCUCCAUAGGGUUUUUAAUGGCUGAUUUUUUCAGAAAUAGAUUGCCAGGCCUCUCUUUGAAGGCUCCUUUGGGUGGACAAGAACCCUUAAACAUUCAGUUAGCAGCUGAGAGUGUUAACCAUUUGCACCACCCAGGGAUAACAGCAUGUAUGACCGACCGUUAAAACCCAUUGCAGUAGAGUCUAUUCCAACUCAUAGCGACCCUGUAGGACAGAGUAGAACUGCCCUUUAGGGUUUCCAAGGCUGUAAUCUUUACAGAAGCAGACUGCCACAUUUUUCUCCCAGGAAGUGGCUGGUGGGUUUGAACCACCGACCUUUCAGUUAGCAGUAGCUUGACCCCUGCACCACCAGGACUCCUAUAGCAUGCAUAGGUAUUCCUUACUGAGGCUGCAGUGGGGCUUGGCUCCCCAGCUUUCUGCCACUUCACUUCCCGGGAGUCUGGCCCCACGGAGGUGCCACGUAGGCAGCAGAAGAGCACGUCUCCCUCUUCCUCCUCCUCCUUCCCCACAGCUCCUUUGACCUGCCUGUGGCUCAGUUUUCUCUGGCUUCCCCGCCUCCACGCGCCCACUCCCGUGAUCAGUCCUUACUGAUUGCCUUUGUGAACGUAAAGAGGAGUGAACUCUUGCCAGGACAGCAAAAGCCUUGGGACAGUAAAGAAGUCCUGCUUCAUCCUGCAGGUUCCCUGAGUCCCACUGGGUGCAGAAUGCAGGCUUUGGAACUACAAGAUAGCAACAAAGCAAGACAACUGUAAUCACCCAUUUCAGCUCCCAACUGCCAGCGGCUUAUCCCUGAUUAAUGUCUUUGUAAAGUUUUAAAUGGUUCAUUUUUGCUUAAAAUUAUUUGAAGUUUCUAUUGGGUGUGUGCUUAUUUUGCCCUGUCUUUCUGCAUCAGUGGUUCUCAAAGGGUGGGGAUGGGGACCAGCUGUGCCCCUGGGGACAUUUGGCAAGGUCUGGAGGCCUUUUUGAUGGUCAGGACUGGGUGGGGUGGGUGUGCUACUGGCCUCUAGUGGGUAGAGGCCAGGGAUGCUGCUAAAUAUCCUGCAGUGCAAGGACAGCUCCCAUCUCCCCACUAAGAAUUAUCUGGCCCAAAAACAGCAACAUGCAGAGGCUGAGAAACCCAGAUCUACAAUAGACCUUUAACUGUUACAUCCCAAGACCUUCAGACAUCCCUGGAUUUACAAAUGCGUCCUGUACUGUUUAAUUUCCCCUUGAAACUUCUGACUCAGAACCAUCACUUUGUCUGUUUCCUUCUAGAAUGUAGCUCCAUGGGGUCAAGGCCCAUGUCUGUCUUGCAUCCCUAGCUCCAGGUGCAGGGCCCCACCCAUGGAGGGCACUAGGUCAUUGCUGUUGAAUAAACAAGUGAACAAGCAGACUGCUGAACUAGCUAAGUAACCCAUUCCCACGCUUGUACGCACCAGCCUCAAAGUGCGAAUGAUUGGAAGUAACCACAGCAGAAGUAAAAAUGAGUUUGUUAAAGGCAUUCACAGUCACUUGUGAAAAGCAAAAGCUGGGGGCUUUCAAUUGGGAAAGCGAGUGGUGGGUCCUAUAUCCUUUUUCUCGCCUGGCUGCCGCCCUCAAAAUUAUCCUAACAAUCCCCGCCGCCCCAACCAGGACCCUCUCCCAGUAGGGGAGUCAUACUCUAAUGUUGUGAUCUGAACAAGUGCUUUAGGAAGAUGAUUCAAACUUGAUAGUGGUUAAGUACUACAGCUGCUAACCAUAAAAGGUUGGCAGUUCGAAUCUGCCAGGUGCUCCUUGGAAACUCUAUGGGGCAGUUCUACUCUGUCCUAUAGGGUCACUCUGAGUCGGAAUCAACUCGACGGCAAUGGGUUUGGCUUUGGGGAUUUGUCUAUGGAAGAAAACUGAGAGUGUGAUGUUUAAAACUGGACGAAGUCAGCCAGACUAGGGUUGGAGAGUACCUGAGCAGGGUCCAUCAUAUCAGCUGAGUGUUCCUAUCUGCAGGCUCUGUGCUAGGCAAAGAGAAGAGAUGCAUGGGCCAUGGCUACAGUGCCUCAGGUUUAGUCAUGGGGAAAAGAUAAAUAUAGUAGCAUCUAAAACCCACGAUAGGCUAUGAGAAGUGUUAUUGCUUCAGGGAUUGCGAUGAAUUUGGGAAGCUGGGAAGGGCUUUGUGGUGGGAGUAGCAUUUGAAUGGGCCUUGGAGGCUGAUAGGAGGCAUGGAGGGGUUGGUGCUCUGUGCUCCAAUCAGCGUGUACAUGUACUGUGGACAGGACUUUCUCCUCUUGGGACAGGAAGUCCAACAUCUGCUGGAAUCCUGCCCAUUGCCACCUGCUGCCAAGUCCCUCCUUCCUCCCUAGCUGAGGGCUCCAAAAUGGUAGUUGACAUUCCUUACCCCUAUAUCUGCAUGCUUUGAGGGAGGAGGGGAACUAGUUGAGUCCGGGAAAAGGGGCCCAGUUUGUGUGUUCUCAUCACAAAUUCAGCACAUGGUUAUCUUGAGAAAUUUUUUAAAUAUAGAAAAGUGUAUCUCUCUAAGACUGGGGAGGUGAGGUGAGAGAUAGGUGGGUGUUCCCAGAGAUGAGGUGGUUUUAGCUUUUGUUUUUAAUGAUCAGAAACAGAGAUGGGAAAGCAAACUUCGAGCCAACCAAUUUGGUAGAGUUACAGGCAGAGCCGUUAGGAAUCUGUUGUAAUUGUCUGGGCCAGAAGUGAGGAAUUUGAAUUGUACAUGACAACAGGAGUUGGUGGUAGCUGCAAAAGACACCCCUGAAAUUAGUCGCCCUGGGAUGUGGAGGCAAAGGGAGGAUGCCAAGGCACUGAUAGGCUAUCCAGGGGGAGGCGACCAGCAGGCAGCUGGAGAAAGGUUGGGUCACCCAUGAUAGUUACAGCUGUGGAAUUGGACCAAGUUGCUGAGGAAAAGAUAGCUAGAGAGAAAAGAGACAACUAAGGUCAGAAGCUUAAGAAAGAUAUUGAAAACUAAGAAAGCCAUUGGAAUUUGGCAAAUAGGGGAUCAUUGGUGAUUUUUAAGAGUGUAGUUUCACAAGAGUUAUGGGGAUGGAAACCAUAAAGUGCAGGAACUUGGAAAUGAAGGCAGAGAAUGUAGAUUGCUUCUUCGGUGAGUUUACUAAGAAAGAGAAAGUAAGAGGGUGAUAUUUUUAAAGUUGUCAGGGAGGUUUGUAGGCAGAUGGGAGGGGCAGGUGGGGAGAGAGAAAUCAAAGGCAUGAAAACCCGUUGUCGAUGAGUCAAUUCUGACUCAUAGUGACCCUAUAGGACAGGGUAGGACUGCCCCAUUGAGUUUUCCGGGUUGUAAUCUUUAUGUUUACCUAUGUUUCAUUGACUAUGCAAAGGCAUUCGACUGUGUGGAUAAUAACAAGUUAUGGAUAACAUUGCAAAGAUUGUGCUCAUUCGGAACCUGUAGGUAGACCAAGAGGGAGUCGUUCAAAGAGAACAAAGGGAUACUGCAUGGUUUAAAAUCAGGAAAGGUGUGCAUCAGAGUUGUAUUCUUUCACCGUAUUUAUUCAGUCUGUAUGCUGGGCAAAUAAUCGGAGAAGCUGGUCUAUAUGAGGAAGAACUCGGCAUCAGGAUUGGAGAAAGAAGACUCAUUAACAACCUGAGAUAUGCAGAUGACACAACCUUGCUUACUGAAAGCGAAGAGGACUUGAGGCACUUACUGACAAAAAUCAAAGACUAUAGCAUUCAGUAUGGAUUACACCUCAACAUAAAGAAAACAAAAAUCCUCACAACUGGACCGAUAAGCAACAUUAUGGUAAACAGAGAAAACACUAAAGUUGUAAAGGAUUUUGUUUUACUUGGUUCCGGUCGUCGCCCAUGGAAACAGCAAUCAAGAAGUCAGAUGAGGACACCAGAGUUCAUGCCCCUGAACUCUCUGUUAGCCCACAACUAAAACCACUCUCGAAUUCAACGCUUCAGACAAAGAUUAGACUGGACUAUAAGACAUUCUCGAAGCCAACUCUUCAGACAAAGCUUAGACAAGGCUGUAAGACAUAAAAUGAUACUGGUGAGGAGUGUGCUUCUUAGCUCAAGUAGACACAUAAGUCUAUGAGGGCAGCUCCUGUCUGGAGGCGAGAUGAGAAGGCAGGGGGACAGGAGCUGGCUGAAUGGACACACAAAAUACAGGGUGGAGAGAAGGAGCGUGCUGUCACAUUAUAGGGAGAGCAACUACGGUCAUAUAACAAUGUGUGUAUAAGUUUUUGUAUGAGAAACAGACUUGAAUUGUAAACUUUUCACUUAAAAAAAAAGUCAGAUGACAUAUUGCCUUGGGCAAAUCUCCUGCAAAAAACCUCUUUAAAGUGUUAAAAAGCAAAGAUGUCACUUUGAGGCUAAGGUGAACUUGACCCAAGCCAUGUUAUUUUCAGUGGCCUCAUAUACAUGUGAAAACUGGACAAUGAGUAAGGAAGAAUGAAGAAGAAUUGAUGCCUUUAAUUUAUGGUGUUGGCAAAAAAUAUUCAAUAUGCCACGGACUGCCAGAAGAAUGAACAAGUCUGUCUUGGAAGAAGUACACCUAGAGUGCUUCUUGGAAGCGAGGAUGGUGAGACUUUGUCUCACGUACUUUGACCAUGUUUCAGGAGGGACCAGUCCCUGGAGAAGGAUGUCAUGCUUGGUAAGGUAGAGGGUCAGCAAAAAUGAGGAAGACUCUUGACGAGAUGGAUUGACACAGUAGCUAUAACAAUGGGCUCAAAGAUAGCAACUAUUGUGAGGAUGGUGCAGGACCAGGCAGUGUUUCAUUCUGUUGUACAUAGGGCUGCUAUCAGUUGAACUGGCUUGAUGGCACCUAACAACAACAACAAUCUUUGUGGAAGCAGACUGCCACAUCCUUCCUCCUGCAGAGUGGCUGGUAGAUUCAGACUGUUGACCUUUUGGUUAGCAGCCAAGUGUUUAACCAUUGUGCCACCAGGGCUCCUUUUUUUUUUUUUUUUUAAUAAUUUUUAUUGUGCUUUAAGUGAAAGUUUACAAAUCAAGUCAGUCUCUCACAUAUAAACUUACAUACAUCCUACUACAUACUCCCAUUUACUCUCCCCCUAAUGAGUCAGCCCACUCCCUCCUUCCAGUCUCUCCUAUUGUGACCGUUUUGCCAUUUUCUAACCCUCUCUACUCUCCCAUCUCGCCUCCAGACAGGAGAUGCCAACACAGUCUCAAGUGUCCACCUGAUACAAGUAGCUCACUCCUCAUCAGCAUCUCUCUCCAACACAUUGUCCAGUCCCUUCCAUAUCUGAUGAGUUGUCUUCAGGAAUGGUUCCUAUCCUGGGCCAACAGAAGGUUUGGGCCGGGAUUCUUCUAGUCUCAGUCAGACCAUUAAGUUUGGUCUUUUUAUGAGAAUUUGGGCAGGGCUCCUUUUGAAGGCAUGAGGGAGGAGAGAAUUCCAGAAGGAGGAAAGACGUGUUCCUCACAGACAGGCAGGGAGGAGGCUGGGGAGGGUGCAAACAUGGUGGAUUUUGAUCCAGGAAGGAGUGCGGCUUGGAGAGCCUUUGUCAGAUGCACUUGGUCAUCUCCAUCCAAUAGGAGCUGGGCCUUCAUCUGAGAGUGGCAGGGGUCACGGGUCUGGGAGCUUGGAGAGUGAGGCUUUGGGCAGAUUCGUGGGAAACCCUAGGAAGUCCUUGAGUGAAAAAUACUCUGAUGCUGCUGCCGGGCCCCAGCUGGCAGAACCCUUAAUUUGUUGUGGGGCUAGUAAUUGUAAUUACAAAAGAAAAAAACAUUUCUGGGAACCCUAACAGCUUAAUAUCAGGGCAUGGAGAAAGCAGGAGUUGGGUCUUCUCCAAGGGAAAGGUGAGGCUGAGGGAAGCCGGGUAGUGAGUGCUCCGUGGAAAUAGCUGACUGUGUUGGGAGAGAAUGCAGAGGACACCAGAAGGGGUGGGCCUCUAGGCUGGGAGGACUUAACGGGCCUGGAAGUCACCUUGAGCACCCAGGGAGUGCAGUGGGAAUGAGAGGAAGGGGCCUGUGGAAGAGCAGGGGUUGGGCCAGAGGAAGGAAUUUUAUGGAUCAGAUCUUGAGAAAUGGACAAUUGUAAUGAACUGAGCUAGAGCUGAGUUGGCUUGAAUUAGAGUUGUUUCAAGCUUGAGGUCAGUGACCCAGCAAUUCCUCUCCCAGAUGUAUUGUUUUUGUCAUGUGCCGUUGAGUCAAUUCUGACUCAUAGCAACUCUAUGUAACAGAGUAGAACUGCCCCAUAAGGUUUCCUAGGCUGUAAUCUUUACAGAAGCAGAUCGACCAGACCGGUCUUUUCUCCUGUGGAGCCGGUGGAUGGGUUCGAAUGGCCAACCUUUCGGUUAGCAGCCAAGCGCUUAACCGUUGUGCCACCAGGGCUCCUUUCCCAGGUCUAUACCCAAGAGAAAUGAAAACAUAUGUCCACACAAAAACUUAUGCGUGGAUGUUUAUGACAGCAUUAUUCAUAAUAGCCAAAAACCAGAAACAGCCCAAAUGCCUCUCAGCAGAUAAGUAAAUGUGGUCUCUCCAUACAGUGGAAUGUUACUCAACUGUUUCUAAAAGGGAGUGAAGUACCUUGAAAACACUAUGCUGAGUGAAAGACGCCAGACACAAAAGGCCGUAUAGUAUAUCGUGUGAUUUCUUUCAUACGAAAUGACCAGAAUGAGGAAAUCUGUAGAGACAGAAAGUAGAAUAGAGGUCGCCAGGGGCUGUGGGGGGAAGGGAACAGGGAGUGGCUGCUAUUGGAUACGAGUUUCUUUUUGGAGUGAUGAAAUGGAAUUUGAUAGCAGAGAGGGUUGCACAACCUGGUGAACGUACUAGAAACCACUGAAGUAUACACUUUAAACGGGUGAAUUUUACAGGAUGUGAACUAUAUCCCACUUAAAAACCCGAGUUGGUAGUGGGGGAAGGCCAGCAGCCCAAGGGAUCAUGGCAGGGAUGGGGAGGGGUGUGAGGAUUGACUCAUGUGCUCAGAGCUCUUGGAAACGUGGAUGUUUCCAUGAGGUCCGUGUUAUGUGUUCAUCGUUGUACCAGGUACCCAGAUAUGACGCUCUGUCCUCAGGAAGCCUCAGUAUGGUUGAGCAGAGAGCUAACAUCCGUGACAUAGCUUUGAGUAAUGUGAAAUGAUGGGCAGUGAGGAUGAUGACAGCCAAAAUAGAGAACCUGACUGAUCACCAGAGACAUUUUGAAAAGAGACCAUAGCACGCGGGACGUUUUAAUAGCCCAGGUGUCAGUACUGGCCUCCUCAGCAUCCAGCUUCCGAGCAUGCCUCCUUAGGACCUAGGUGUGGUUCUGCCUUCUCACCUGCUUUCCAGCUGAAGUCCGGCUUUUGGCCACAGUGGUUUAGCGAUCACCCAGAGUCAUCCUUGGAUGCUGCCAAGGGGAGAAAGUUCAUUAAUUUCUGGGUCUGAGUGUCACUUACGUUGGUUCCAGGUCGGACUGGUGUACAUGUUCAACCUCAUCGUGGGCACGGGCGCGCUUACCAUGCCCAAGGCGUUUGCCACCGCUGGGUGGCUCGUCAGCCUUGUCCUGCUGGUGUUCCUGGGCUUCAUGAGCUUUGUGACCACCACCUUUGUGAUGGAAGCCAUGGCUGCCGCCAACGCUCAGCUCCGCUGGAAGAGGAUGGAAAGCCACAAGGAGGAGGAAGAGGACGACUCCUCCUCGGCCUCUGACAGUGAUAUUCUCAUCCAGGACAACUACGAGCGGGCAGAGAAACGGCCCAUCCUGUCUGUGCAGAGACGUGGAACUUCGAACCUUUUUGAAAUCACAGACCGCGUGGAGAUGGGACAGAUGGCCUCCAUGUUCUUCAGUAAAGUGGGUGUCAACCUGUUCUAUUUCUGCAUCAUCAUUUACCUGUAUGGGGACCUGGCCAUCUACGCUGCCGCCGUGCCCUUCUCCCUCAUGCAGGUGACCUGCAGCGCCAGUGGCAAUGACUCCUGUGGUGUGGAAGCUGACACCAGGUACAAUGACACCGACCUGUGCUGGGGUCCCAUCCGCCGAGUUGACGCCUACCGCAUCUACUUGGCUGUCUUCACUCUCCUUCUUGGACCCUUCACCUUCUUUGACGUCCAGAAGACCAAGUACCUACAGAUCCUGACCUCGCUGAUGAGAUGGAUCGCUUUCACCAUCAUGAUCGUGCUGGCCCUGGUCCGCAUCGGGCACGGGCAGGGGGAGGGCCACCCACCACUGGCCGACCUCUCGGGGGUCCGGAAUCUCUUUGGCGUGUGUGUCUACUCCUUCAUGUGCCAGCACUCUCUGCCGUCCCUCAUCACCCCUGUGUCCUCCAAGCGCCACCUCACGCAGCUGGUCUUCCUGGACUACGUACUGAUCCUGGCCUUCUACAGCCUGCUCUCCUUCACCGCCAUCUUCUGCUUCCGCGGCGACAGCCUCCUGGACAUGUACACCCUCAACUUCGCACGCUGUGAUGUCGUGGGCCUGGCUGCUGUGCGCUUCUUCCUGGGCCUCUUCCCCGUCUUCACCAUCAGCACCAACUUCCCCAUCAUCGCCGUGACGCUCCGCAACAACUGGAAGACACUCUUUCACCGUGAGGGCGGCACGUACCCCUGGGUGGUGGACCGCGUGGUCUUCCCCACCAUCACGCUGCUGCCCCCUGUGGUGGUGGCCUUCUGCACUCACGAUCUGGAGUCCCUGGUGGGCAUCACGGGGGCCUACGCGGGCACCGGCAUCCAGUACGUCAUCCCCGCCUUCCUGGUGUACCACUGCCGCAAGGACACCGAGCUGGCCUUUGGCUACGGGACCGUCAACAAGCACAGGUCCCCCUUCCGCCACACCUUCUGGGUGGGCUUUGUGCUGCUCUGGGCUUUCUCCUGCUUCUUCUUUGUCACGGCCAACAUCGUCCUCAGCGAGACCAAGCUCUGACAGCAGGACCACACAUGUGUUCGUCCUGACGGCCUCUACCCAGCAGAGCCAAGAGUUGGUUGCCUCGCAGCCCCUCGUGGGGAUGGACGAGGCCAGGCAUGUGGAGGGCUGGGGGUCCACUCCCCACCGGAGAUUCUGCACAGCCCACACCUCACCUGGCCCACCAGGCAGCCCCACCCGGGUCUUCCUGCAGGGUUGCGCCUUGAGCUGAGCAGCCCGACCCCAGGACUUAUCACAGGAAUUCUCACCUCUGCUUCACACACCCUCCCACCCCGCCCUGCACGGGGUUGACGCAGUGCUGGCACUGCUGCUUGUUUAUACAGGACACUGUCUCCCACCUCCUCCACCCCAGCUCCCUCCACGUUCUGGGGAGUCAGCCCCCCAAGUAGCUGCUGCCUCUGACCCUCUUCCUGGGGCUGCCACAGUGGGCAGGCUCACCUUCCCGCCAGGCCUAGGGGCUGCUAAGUGUCACUCCUAGGGGAAGGCCUGGCCAUCCCGGUGACAAGCACAGGAAGUGCUAAUUGGCACCAGGCUUCUGGCCAGAACUGGGAGGGCCCUUGGCUGUGGCGUCUGCUCCUGUCCUGGUGGCUCCAGAACAGCAGGCUGAGUGUCCCCUCCGUGGGGUCACAGCAGUUCCCAGGCUGGGUUUAAACCCGGAGCUGUGACCCCUGACUGCUUCUGCCUGUGGGGGCCUUGGGCCUUUUGCAGGGUGGGGGCUGCCCCACUGGGCAUGUGGUAGUGAGAGGGCUCUGUUCCCCACCCUGGGAGGUCAGGCCUUCAGGCAGCACUCUGCUUGGCCGACCCCGUCUCUCCAGCACUGAAGGGGCUCUGAGGGAGCCAGCUAUGGGUGCUAGGUGUCCACGAACCUGUCCCCUAGGCACCAUGGGGUGGGAGUAGGGGGGGUGCAGGGAUGUGAUGCCCAUCUGAGGAGGGCGGGGUCCCCAGCUGCCUGCCUGGCACCCCCAGGGUCCCGCCCCCCCAAUUACACGUGCACCUGUUGGGCCAGCGGCCAAAGACACAGGUGACUCCCAUGAACUCUGCAUUUUCAAUGUGCCUUCUCCUGCUUCAGGACCUGGGGCUCCUUCCUGACCCCGCUGCCCCUGGACCUGGUCCCACUGUCCUGGAGUCCAGAGCUGCAUUACUGGGAGUUGCCUCCCUCUUUUGUUUUCAGUGCCUUGCUCAGCUCUCUCUAGGGAACUCUGCCUCCCCCCUGCAUCUCAGUCUUCAUGCCUAGGGCAGAAGUGGCGUGGGGACAUCUGCUUGCCUCAGAACAAAGUCUGCUAGGGAAUCCACAGGCAGCACCACCCGCCACCUCUGGCCCCUGCAGCCCAAGCCCGUGAGGACCCUGCAUCCUAACUGCCACGAUCUUCGUCCUCAUUGUUACCACGCUUCAGUUCUUCCAGCUCGUGCCCUCGUGUAGCUGUUUUCCAUCUACGUGAAAAAUAAGUGCCCCUUCCCUAUCUGCCAUUGUGGCAGCUUUCCAGGAGGCCCUGCCCCAGGUGGGCGGAGCAGGGAGGGCACUGAGCCCCACCCUCUGCGCCCAGGCCCUCAGGGCUGCCCAGCUGUGUGCUGAAAACUCAAAACGCCUGUACUUACCUUCUGUGAUUAUAUUCCCUCUUCCUUAAGGACAAAGCAAAUUAAAUCAUCCUGCCGCCCUGGGUUCCAAACCAAAUUUUGGACACAAAUGUAUUAGCAUCAUAAAGCCCAGGUUGAUUUAUGUGACAAUCUGGAGAGACACAGCAGUGGAACUGGGUGGCCACUUUCCCCACUACCUCUUAGCCAGGGCAGCCCCCCAGGCCUGGAGGAAACUGGCCCAGGCGACCAUGCCAUUGCUGCCAUCUGUGGGUUCUUGGCUCCUCGGUGUUCACCAUGCUGUCCGUCCUGCUGAGGUCCAAUGGGGAUGCCUUCCCCUCCACCCCCAGGCCUCAACCACCAAUAGCUAGCUGUUCUCCAAAUGAGGCCAGCUUGUGGUGUGCACGCAAUACUUUGGACCUCAGUUUUUACGUCACCUUGAUGAGGUUGGCGAGAUGGAUCAUGAUUUCUACUUUACAGAUGGACCCAGAGUCACCAUAGGCCAGACGGUUAGUAGGGAGGACAGAAGAGGAGGCCAGCCCAGCCUGGCCCAGGGAAAGGUGUCACUUUGGAGAACUUAAUCUCCACAGCACCACCCACGUCAUAGGGCCCACAUUGGCCCCAGGGGCAGGCCAAGGGAAGGGG